GUCGUGCUGCGUACGCCGACUCCACCAGCGCAAGAGACCACUACCUGGGAGCCGAAAACGCCACGCAACGCGCGCGAAAUGGAGGCGCAGGCUACGCUUAUUCGAAACCGCAUGCAAAUCCAGCAAGGGUCUUCUACAACUUCUCUUAAGGAAGAGCUUAGUAGAUAGCUUAUAAUAUAGUGCUUAUGCACGAGAAACUUAAUUAUCUUAAAGCUACGAUUAGUAAAGUAACAAAGCGAAAAACUCGUAAGAGGCGCUACAUAGCUAAGGUAGAGGGUGGUAGCUGUAAUGAGGGUGUAACGCCCGCGAAGAGGGUACGCAGUGAACGGCGCUGCGGACGUUGCAGCCAAGUUGGACAUAAUUCUCGCACGUGCCAAGUAGAAUUAGAGGAUAUAGAGGAUAGCGACGUAUCUGAAGAAUAAUAUCCUGCUCUACUUAAUAAAAAUAUUAUGGUGGUGUUG